AUGACCUUCAGCUCUUUCCGUCCACCCAACAGCCACCUCCUGAGAGAUGAUAUCGUCACUGAAGCGGUACAGUCCAACAGACAAGCAAACAAUGUGGUUGCACUAUUUAAGGCUGGUGAUGAAAAUAUUUCCCCAGUUAGGAAGAGGAGUGAGUCGAAACACCUCACGGGGGCACCACCUACUGGUGUCAGCUGCACAUCAAUAGCAGACUCGCUAGCGCUUAAUGAACGUGAGAUACAGGAAAUUCAGAUGCAGAAGAAGCAGCGAAUCAUGAUCUCUAGCUUUCUAGCUCUACACCACGAAAUCAAAGAACUCAAACGGCAACGCCAAAACAUACCCGCUGUAGUCUCAACAGCGAACGAAAUCUGGGACGUAGCGGUGCAAUAUUUUCGCUUGGUUCGUCAAAAUUUCCAUCCCAACAGCAGACAAUUCCAGGUUGUGCGAGCGAUGAUGGCUCCGGACGUCGUGUACAACUGCGAAUACGGUUUUGAGGCCAUAGUGCAGAGCUGGUGCUUUAUGCAGUGGUUUGGGAACGUGGAAGUGGAGCUUGAAAACCUGAAAAUGUGCGCUGGAAACGAAAUGAUUGCAACCACAAGAACAAAAGUGACGAUCACGGAACGAACUCUAGCCAAUGUUUUUCCUCAUUUACUCAACUCCAAGCUAAGCAAUGGCACUACUUUCUCCUCUUUGGCAAAUAAACUUCUAGGCCAGCGACUGACGAUGCGUGGCUCAACAUGUUUCAGGUGGGACGGCAAGAAGAACCUGGUGGUCAGCUUGGUCACUCAAAGUGAUAUGUUACGUCCGCUUGUGGAGUUGCUGGAGAGUUUGGACGAUGUAUCUCGAGUAUUCGAACAAGCUGCUAUUUCUCCUAGCUUUCAGUGGCGAUUGACCUCGUGAUGUACAGGUAUAAGGAGACGCCAAAAUGUAGCUUCAUAGAUGUAAUGACAACGGAUUACUUUGAUGGCGCUAUGUAGCCUGGGUCAGCAUACGAACUCCUCACCGCAUCGAAGUAUUUUAUUUCUUGUAGCCCUUCAUAAAGAAUAACAACUUCAGCAAAAAAAAUCUGUAAUUGCAGAUUUUCGAGGAGAAAACGGCACAAAAAUAUAUUCGUAAAUGGAUAUUUGGAAA